UUGGUGGAGCGUCGUUGACAACAAGGUGCUUAUGAAAGUUGCUGGGUGGGAACUGUAGUAUAACCUAUGUAAAACCAAAUAUGAACAGACUGACGUUACGAGUUUUGAAACACCAGACCAGGAUGAGGCUUUGACGCCUGAACAUUUAUCCUAACCCGGACUUGGGACAUGCUGCGUAGGUCUUGUUUCAGCACUUCCACAGUAAGCCUUAGCCUGCUGGCUAACAGCUACUGAAGCUUCACUGACACAUGGUACAAGAGAGGACACAACUGCGCUCAGAGGCAGAGCAGGAACUAAAACAUGUCAGCACACCAGGCAGCAGCAGCAGCAUGACAGAAGCCCGCUGACACUGGAGAGGGACCAUCGGCAUGAUGGAGGUGCCGGGCAGAACCACCAGCUUUAACUUUUCAUAUGAGGGGGAAGACCUGGACUCCCCUGUCGCUCCAGGCACCAUGUCCAUUGACAAGCUCUUCCCGGCUCUCCUGGAGUGCUUUGGGAUAACACUGUGCGGAUACAUCGCAGGGAGGGCAAACAUCAUCACAUCCACCCAGGCUAAAGGACUGGGAAAUUUUGUGUCCAAGUUUGCCCUCCCAGCACUGCUGUUCAAGAACAUGGUCCUGUUGGACUUUGGCAAUGUCAUCUGGCCAUUCCUGUGGAGCAUCCUCAUAGCCAAAGUGUGUGUGUUUUCCCUUGUGUGUGUCCUCACCCUGAUAGUUGCCAGUCCUGAGAACCGCUUCAGCAAGGCUGGGAUUUUCUCAAUAUUCGCCACCCAAAGCAAUGAUUUUGCUUUGGGGUAUCCCAUAGUUGAGGCCCUGUACCAGAGCACAUACCCGGAGUACCUUCAGUACAUCUACCUGGUCGCACCUGUGUCUCUGAUGCUUUUAAAUCCUAUUGGCUUUGCGUUCUGUGAGAUCCAGAAGUGGAAGAACCAGGGAGACCACCAGCAGAGCAAACUCCUGAUAACGGGACUUGUAUUCAUAAAGGUCCUGAAGAACCCCAUAGUGUUCAUGGUUAUCAUCGGCCUCAUCGCCCACUUUGUUCUGCACCAGACAGUCCCUGCAUUCAUGGCACAAUUUGUGGAUGGUUUGGCUAACUCUUUCGGGGGUGCUGCUCUCUUCUACUUGGGUCUGUCCAUGGUCGGCCAGUUGAGGAAACUAACCCGAUCCACAGUCGUGACACUGAUAUUACUUCUUACAGCUAAACUGUUGCUAAUGCCCCUGAUCUGUAAGGACAUGGUGGAUCUCUUGGACAAUAGCAACACCAGUGCCUUGAACCACUCAAGCCUCUCCAAUUAUGCUUUUCUUUAUGGAGUAUUUCCCACGGCACCAAGUGUAGCCAUCUAUGCUGUGUAUUACAACGCAGAGCUAGAAGUUGUAACUUCUGGGAUGGUGAUCAGCACUUUUCUCUCAGCUCCGAUAAUGUACGUGUCUGCCUGGUUAUUAUCAAUCCCUUGGAUGGAUCCACAGAUCUUGAAGAACUCACUGCAGAACGUCAGCUUUGACAUAAGCAUAGUGAGCUUAGUCGCACUGGUGUGGACGAUUGCUGUCAUGUUUUUAAGCAAGAAAUUUAAAAGGCUACCUCAUAUAUUUGCAGUAAACCUUUUUUUUGCACAGCUCAUUAAUUGCAUUGGGAUGAUCCUGUGGAACUUUGCAGUCAAAGAGGGCAACUUUAUCGGGCAGGUCCUGACUUUCACAUUACUAUGUACCUCACUCUACAGCACCUAUGUGUGGCCAGGUUUGAUAGCUCUCUCUCUUGUGCUCAUGAAGCAGUAUGAGGAUCUGAAAGUUUCACCAGGCAUGUUGGUCCUUGCAGGCUGGAGUGUUCCAGCCUUAGCAACUGCUGUGUUGCUAAUGUCUGGGGAAAGGAUGUCUGACACAAUAGACUCAUCAUUCUUUUAUGGAAAAACACAGAUUAUCUGCACCUCAGUAGUUGCUGGCCUCAGUAUACUGCUGGGAGGGGGCUCUCUUGUGUGUCUCAGUAGAGGAAGCUGGCCCCAAAAUGAACAAAUCCAAGAAGGAAACUCUACAGAGGUUCUUGUGACUGUAGAUGAACCGGAAAACGAGAAUCCGUUUGAGUCUGUCAACUCAGCAGGACAGCUUGACAGAGCCUGCCUCAUAUGUGACUGUGCACCGCCCCAGCCCAUGCCCGACAUGAUCAUCAGCACGAGUAUAAACAACACAGCAACAACACUCACAGGUCCAUGUGAGAACAGCUGUGCUUCCACUGAGUGCCUGCUGGUUCAGGCAGAGGAGCUGCAACAGGUUGCAGAUAGACAAGUGGUCCGUCAUGUGAUUCUGUGUCUGCUCCUGACUGUCAGCUUGCUUGCUAAUGUAGCCAGCUGCUUGUGGCUGCUCUUCAACCGUGUUCCUGGUAGACUUUACUUGGAGCUGCAGUUUUUCUGUGCUGUGACCAACUAUGGUCAGGGUUUUCUCUCCUUUGCUCUGUUUGGUCUGGACAAGCACUUGAUCAUACUGCCAUUUAAAAAGAGGUUCAACAGUCUGUGGAAUAGAAGAAAACGAGCGCAGCCGCAGAGUGACUUAUCUGAGGACGUCAGGAUGACCUGCACCCAGUUCACCAAAUACCACCAAGAGCAGUGUGUUCAUGACAUAGUCAAUACGAGAAGGUGUGGGAAGAGGACUAUGAUGGACUGUUUUCUUGGCUGUGAACUUGUGGAGUGGCUCCAGCAGGUGGGCUUGGCUCAGGACGUAGGUGAGGCGGUACUGUAUGGAACAAAGCUGCAGCAGGGUGGUGUGCUCCAGCAUAUCAAUCAGGAACACGACUUCCAAGACAGCCGCCUUUAUUACCGAUUCUUGACUUAAGUCUCUCAAGAUCAAAGUCCACGUUUGUUUUUACCAAAGAUAAGUGUCUUUUUAAGUUCAGGAAAAUGACUGGAAAUACAACUUUAGUUCAUACAUCAGGGAUGAACUAAACUGACCUUUGAAGAGUACGCGUACUUACUCUGAAAUUGCGCUUGCACUGUUUUGCACUGUUUUGCACUGCUGUGUUAAGGAGCAAAUAACUGCAGUUGUGUUGGACUGUUCUUAAAGGGAAUUAGCAGUGUUUGGACUUUAUUUUAUCUUAUUUUAGCUGCUUUACAUUUUAAAUUUCCUCCACCAAGUUAAUUGUGGAGAUGUGGAUUGGCUGCAUUGCUUCAACAGUCAACACAGGAACAUAAGCGGUCUGGUUAUCAGACAUGUACCUGUGUGGCCAAAUAAAAAUCCUUUAUUUUAGACUACAACUGAGCCUCGUUAUCUGAAAAAGAUGAUCUUUCAAAGACAGAAUGGGAAAUAAGCUCUGAAUUUGCUUGAAUCACUUCCCAGCUUAUAUGUUUGAUACACGUUUUUUAAUUUACACGUCAGAUAGCCUAUCAAUUCAAUUCAAUUCAAUUUGCUUUAUUGGCAUGAACAAAGAGAUGUUGUUGCCAAAGCACAUCCGAUUCAUACACAUACAUAUCUUAUAUUAUCAUAUUAUCUUUCCUUCCUGUGGAACACAGUCGUAGCACAGUGCUAACCCCUGCAAUGUGCAUCAAGCCAGUAGUCAAACAUUAACAUGUAUGAAAGGACUUAUAGCCAUAACAACCUAAGAGCCAUAUUAUUACUAAUUUAAAAUGUUAAAACCAGAGUUUGCUGCUUUUUAAAGACUUAUUUGUAUAUUUUUAAGCAGUCAGUAGAUGUAAUUUGACUCUUGUUUUGAUACUGUGUGAUGUCAUUGUGAGAAAUAAUGCACAAAGAUUUGUCCUUAAAACAUAGGCAAGAAAUCUGUCUCCUUUGAUUGAAUGUACUGUUCUUUGAUGAGGACACUUCAGUGUUAUUACUACUCUAACCAAAAAGAACUGACUAAGAAAAUGUGAUUAUAUGUUUACCAAUAUGUAGACAUCUCAACUCAUGACUGAGUUAUUCGUUUAACUGGUAAUGUAACAUGAAGCAUUGUAGCUUCUGUAAACUGUAGUUAACACGAGUUCACAAUGAAAAGAGUAGCUGACACUCUACACAUGAGGGCAAUAUUAGCAGUAUCCAAAUGCAACAGUUAUAGAAACAGUGUGUUAGCAUGGCCAAAGGGCUGAGUGGCUGAAGAAAUGAGUGUUGGCACUGAGGGAGUGUCAAUGCAUUUUAAUUUAUACAUGUUUAACUUGUCUUUAUAUUAACAUGAUAAGCCUCCUCAGACAAAUGACAUCUGAAUGAACUUUAAGUUGGAAAAUAAAGGGCUGUUUUAAUUCGUUUUUUAAUCUUAGAUAUACAAAAUUCAAGCAAACUGCUUCUUCUUAUUUUAUUUUUUCAGUUCUGUUUAGUUAUUGAACUUUAAUCAUGUUGAGAAAACAGUUCUAGCUGGAGUUGUCUUUUUAUUCUGUCAAAGACAGAAAAUGUGUGAUUUAUUUAAAAAUAAAUGUUAUUGCCAAACCCUUGAA